GCCUACGGGGUCCGGGAGAAUGGUGAGACGCUGGCGAGUUCCAAAACGAGAGCCUCUCAUCCUCUUCUUCUCCUCUCUCUUCAAUCGUUCCAAAGCUCCUUCAACCUGCGAUUUCGUCGCCUCCAUUAGUAAGCACGAUCUCUUGCGUUCGCCUUUUUUCCUCUUCUCGGUUUCUGCAGAAAUUUGCGACUCCCCCGUCGUUUUUGGUCCCGGAUUCGUAAGAAUCCGGACGGAAUCCUAGAUCUCGCGCAUUUUGAUCCUGUUUCUCUCGGAUUUCUCCUGGCGAAAUCAUAAUAUCGUAGAAAGAGCGGGAGAUCCACGUAGAGCUUUUGCUUGGAUCUAGUAGAGGUUUUCUUGGUGGUUUUUGUGACAAAGGAGUCGGAAGAUGGAUAGAUCUAAGGAUUUUUGAUUUGGAGGGGAUCCCUGAUCACUCGUUUUCCACCCUUCUUGAGGGACGAGGGGAAUUUAUUGCAAUUCUUGGAUUCAAUGCCAUCUCCUCCGUUCCUGGCCGAUGAUCAGAAGGAUAAGGAUUUCUUUGACAAGCUCGAUGAUGAGUUCAGCAUUGCCGGAUCUGGUUCCGAGCCUGCCAUCAUAGCCAGAGCAAUCUCAAAUGCGAGCAUAGGUGAACGAUUGGAGGAUUCAGAGGAUGCCGAAUUUGCCACCGGCGAGGAAGAUCGGCAAGAAAGUGGGGUCGUGCAGGAACUUUUUGAGGAGGAGAAGACACCAGAGGUCGGAUCAUCACCACCACUGCCUUCUGCCAAUGGGGUAGCCUCGUGUAGUUCGGAGCAGAGUCAGGAGGCAAUGAUGGGGACCAUGGGGUUCAGGUCGACAGGUUCAUCAAUGGGAAAGAGCAAUACAUCAAAGGGGACCAGUGUAAAGGAGGUACAAUGGAGUGCAUUCAAUGUGAAUUCGCCACAAUUUGAUUCCGGUGCAUUUGGAUCUGGUGCAGAUUUCUUCACGGAGAAUGCGGACGGGCCUGAUAACCAGAAGUCUAGCUUUAUGGAAAAUUCGGCUGCUGAUCUAAGCACAUAUCCUGAACAGCAAGAUGCUCGAUAUUGUGGCUUGUUUAAUUGGCAAGUUGCAGAAGCAAAUGACCCUCAGUAUUGGGAAGAACUCUACCCCGGAUGGAAGUUUGAUACAAGUACCAGGGAGUGGUACCAAAUAGAUGGUUAUGAUGCCACAACGACUGCACAAUCAGAGAAUUGCAAUGUGGCAAGUGAAAACAUGCAAGAGAGUUAUCAAGACAAGGUUUUGGAAGCUGACAAUGGGAACAUUUCUGACCAGGGACCUGAGAUAUCUUAUUUGCAGCAAACUACUCAGUUGGUAACGAGAACUGUAGCUGGGGAUUGUUUUAAAGGGGACGUUUCCAGCUGGAAGCAGGUAUCACAAGAGAGCACUCAGUACCCACCUAAUAUGGUGUUUGAUCCUCAAUAUCCAGGGUGGUAUUAUGACACAAACACCCAGCAAUGGCAGACUCUUGAAUCAUAUACUAAAGCCAUUCAGAAAACAGCUGCUAAUCUUCAGGGUCGCGGCAGUCAAGAUUUAAAAUCUUCGGAUGGCUUUGCUGCAAUGAAGAAUUCCAGUUUAUACAAUGAAGUUGGUCAGCAUGAGGAAAGUACCACACAGGGCCUGGGCAGCCAGGAAAUGGGUGCACGCUGGAAUGGUUCUGGGAGUAGUUAUGUGCAGCAAAAUAUGUGGCAGCCUGCACAAGUCAAUAAGAGUGUUAAAGGUUUCUCUGGAAAUGAACAGAUAGAUAACUUUUAUGGUUCGACAGGCAAUGUAGUGAACCACCUGGAUCAUCAAAAAGGUUAUAAGACCUUGGAUUCAGGUCAUGGUUAUGGUAAUUGUAAUGGGGCAGCUGAAUUUCAAAGCUUUAUUCCUGCAGAAAAAACAUACCAGUUUAAUCAGCCAAAGGUGGUGCAAAGCUUGCAAGAACAUUUGUCUGACAGCUACUAUGGCCAUCAAAACUCAAUCAACCAUGCUCAGCAACCAAUUUGGGGCACAAGUGCAACUUACUCUCCAUGUUCUUAUGCUCUUAAAGAAGGAAGACCAUCAGCUGGGCAUCCACCGCAUGCUCUGGUUACUUUUGGAUUUGGUGGAAAACUCGUAGUCAUGAAAGAUGCCAGCUCUUUAGGCUCAAAAUUGGAUUAUGGCAGCCAGGACAUUGUCGGGGGAACCAUCUCAAUUCUUAGCUUGGGGGAAGUUGUGAUGGAUAAAGCUGAUGCCUCAAACACCAUGACUGGUUGCUGUCAUUAUUUCCAUUCUUUGUGUCAACAGUCCCUUCCUGGCCCACUUGUUGGUGGGAAUGCGGCAGCAAAGGACGUAAAUAAAUGGAUAGAUGAGAAACUAGCACAGUGCAAAUCUCCCAUGAUGGAUGUCAGAGAAGGAGAACUUUUGAGAUUGCUUCUUUCAUUGCUGAAAAUACUAUAUCAGCAUUAUGGAAAACUUCGAUCUCCUUUUGGUGCUGACCUAUCAGUUGAGGAUCCUGAAGGUCCACAGGCUGCAGUAUCUAAGCUUUUUGCCUCUGCUAGUAAGAAUGGUACUCGCCCGGGACAGAAUGGUACCUUCACUACUUGCAUGCAAAAUGUACCUUCAGAAGCAUGGGUUCGGACAACUGCUGUUGAGGUGCAGAACCUUCUUGUUUCUGGUAAAAGGAAAGAAGCUCUGCGAUGCGCGCAAGCAGGUAAGUUGUGGGGCCCUGCUCUUGUUCUUGCAGCGCAGCUGGGUGGGAAGUUUUAUGUGGAUACUGUGAAGCAAAUGGCACAUUGUCAGUUUGUAUCUGGAUCACCUCUACGGACAUUAUGCCUGCUUAUUGCUGGGCAACCUGCAGAUGUAUUUUCUGUGGAUAGCUCCACCAACAUUAGUUUUCCUGGUGCUGACUCUGCAGCUCAACAGUCUACUAAGGUACCAGCCAAUGGCAUGCUUGAUGACUGGGAAGAGAAUUUAGCAAUCAUUACUGCAAAUAGAACAAAAGAUGAUGAAUUGGUCAUAGUUCAUCUUGGAGAUUGCUUAUGGAAGGAGAAAGGAGAGAUAACUGCUGCACACACCUGCUACUUGGUUGCAGAAGCAACCUUAGAGUCAUACUCUGAUAGUGCAAGAAUGUGCCUUAUUGGUGCAGAUCACUGGAAGUUUCCUCGAACAUAUGCCAGUCCUGAGGCCAUUCAGCGGACAGAAUUAUAUGAGUAUUCGAAAGUGCUUGGAAAUUCUCAGAUCAUUUUGCUUCCAUUUCAACCGUAUAAGCUUGUUUAUGCCUACAUGCUUGCUGAAGUGGGAAAGGUUUCUGAAUCACUAAGGUACUGUCAAGCAUCUCUGAAGUUGCUCAAAAAUUCCUGUCGUGCUCCUGAAGUAGAAAUGUGGAAAUCACUAUUGUCAUCCCUUGAGGAGCGGAUACGGGCCUUUCUACAGGGUGGUUACAGCACAAAUUUGGCUCCUGCAAAAAUUGUUGGUAAAUUGUUUACAUCUAUUGAUAGUACGAUUCACCGCAUCAUGGGUGCCCAAACAUCGCCUCUGCCUCCAAUGCCACAGAAUGGAGUAUCUGGAAAAGGAAGCUACUCAGUGGCCUCAAAAGUAGCAAACAGUCGAUCUACAAUGGCCAUGUCAUCAUUAGUUCCAUCGGCAUCAAUAGAGGCCAUAAGUGAAUGGACAGUUAGCAGCAGUAGGAAGACUAUGCCCAGUAGAAGCAUUUCUGAGCCGGAUUUUAGCAGAAGCUCUAAACAGGAUCUAUCAAAAGAUGUAAGCUCACCUGAUUCACGGGGCCAAACAUCACUGUCAGGUGGACCAUCCCGUUUUGGCCGCUUUGGCUCUCAGCUUCUUCAGAAGACCAUGGGGUGGGUGUCUAGAUCCCACCCUGAUCGCCAGGCAAAAUUGGGUGAAAGAAACAAAUUUUAUUACGAUGAAAAACUCAAGAGAUGGGUGGAAGAAGGUGCUGAUCCUCCAACUGAAGAAGCUGCCCUACAAUCGCCUCCAACUACUGCAUCUUUUCAUAAUGGCCAAUCAGAUUGCAUCACAAACAGCACAUUUAGGAGCCCAACCAAAAUAGCUAAUGGAGGGUCAGAGAAAAAAUCCCCCAGUCCCUCAGAACAUGGUUCUGGGAUUCCACCCAUGUCACCCAGCCCAAACCAAUUCUCAGUCCGUGGCAGAAUGGGGGUUCGAUCAAGAUACGUUGAUACAUUCAACAAGGCUGGGGGGGUCAUGACAAACUCAUUCCAGUCGCCUUCUACUUCAUCCAUUAAACCAGUGCUUGGUGCCAAGUUGUUUGUUCCGAGCAUACCUGCAACUUCUGAUGAACAGGAAGUUGACAGAGCAGGAGAAAGCAUUGAGGAAGCUGCGACCACCAAGGGACCUUCUACAUCAAUGGCAAAAGAUGCGUCAUUUGCAUCACCAUCACCAUUGUCCAUGCAACGGAUUUCAAGCAUGGAUAAUAUUGCUCCUUCUGGAAACAAGGGAGCUUUGGCAACAUCAUGCAAUCGUAAUAAUUUCGUUCCUUCUCAUACACGGGCUGCAUCAUGGGGUGGGGCUUAUGGUGACACAUUCACUUCUAAAACGACUGAAAUGAAGCCUUUGGAAGAUGGACGUGGUAUGCCAUCAUCUUUUAUCCCCAACAAUUCGUCAUCUCUUCAUUUGGGCGCUUCAUCUGUGCAGCUUAAUGGUGGAAAUCUUGGGGAUAACCUCCAUGAGGUUCAACUCUAAUGUGUAGCUGUCUGAUGCUCCAUUUUGGUGACGUGUUUACAUCUGAUCAGCAUUUACCCUUAACACUGGUAAGUCAAAUGGGUGGCAAAGGAGCUGGGUAUAUGCAUUACCAAUUUGGGUUCCUGCACGAUGCUUCCAUUCUUGCACAGGCACCCCUUUACAAGAAAAUAUGCGGAUCCUACCGUACAGAUAAUUUGUUGAUUUAUUAUGAAACAAGUAUUCCAAAUUGUUUGAAGGGUUUUACAAAUAAAUUUUAGAGCAAGCAGGCACAGGCCCUUUCUUCACCAUAAAUAUAUUGCUGUAGCUGUCUUUCCAUGUUUAGUCAAUGAGCACUACCACAUCUAAGCCUGUUGUGAUACCAGAAACGGGUGGCGUUUGUAUUAUUCAAAAGACUUGGCGCAAGCAAUUUGAACAAAUGUUACACAAGAUACAGCAGGCUGGCUUGGUAGAAUUAGAACGAAUUUAAAUUUGACUCCUUGGGUGGACAACAUCUAAAUUAUCUUCUUUUUUUUUUUAUGGGGGAAUGCGGUUUGGGGGCCUCUUGGCUUGGCCAAGAAAACUUGAAUGUUACAUUUUGUUGUUUUUUUGUGUAAUCAAAUAAAUCUAUUUUCCUCUGGCAGAUUUCUAAUGCUUUUCCAAAGUUAUCCAAUGUUAUCUUUAUCUC